AUGCGAAACUGGGUUUCGAACUCGCCUGUGGUACUAGAAGCCCUAGGAGUAAGUCCAAAGCAUGAGAAAUCACUAGAGAUGAACGCUGAGCUCGCUAUGGAAAAAGUCCUUGGUAUGUGGUGGAGUACGACUACUGAUGUCUUCCGCUACAAGCUCUGUACGGAUCGCAACCAGGAGCUAUUAUCUGGCUCCAAAUACCCUACUAAGCGAGAUGUGCUGCGAACUCUCAUGGCUAUCUAUGAUCCUUUAGGGCUUAUCGCGCACUACCUGAUGUAUCUGAAGGUACUUCUUCAGGAAAUCUGGAGAGCCAAAACUGGAUGGGAUGAUACUAUUGAACACAAACAUCUGGAGAAAUGGCUGCUCUGGUUGCGCAUACUACCCGAGCUGGAAACUGUUGAGGUACCUCGUUGUUAUUUUCGUCAUGAAGCAGGUAUCGACAAUUCUACCGUGGAACUUCACACCUUUGUGGACGCCAGUGAGAAUGGUUUCGCUGCUGUGUCAUUUUUCCGCUUCGAGGUAGACGGCCACAUCGAGUGUUCUCUCAUCGGGAGCAAAACAAGGGUAGCACCUAUAAAAUUUGUUUCCAUCCCUCGUCUCGAACUGCAAGCAGCUGUUGUCGGCGCGCGUUUGGCCCAAACACAGACAGAUGCACGAGACGUUAUAUGUUGGCUGCAAUCUGACCAUCGUCGCUAUUCUCAGUUCGUAGCUUUCCGCGUCGGCGAAAUAUUGGAAACAACAAACGUUAACGAGUGGAGGUGGCUGGGUACCAAGUACAACGUUGCCGACGACGGCACAAAAUGGAAAUUUAGGCCGGAUCUCAGACCUACAAGCCGUUGGUUCAUCGGUCCUCCAUUCCUGUGGAAGCCGAAGAGUGAAUGGCCGGUUUCAACUCUAUGCGGAGAAGUAACAUCCACGGAGAUCCGAACCAGUCUACUGCACCAUACCGAAGCUAAAAACGAGGCCGUUCUACAACCGGAUAACUACUCUUCUUGGCAGCGGUUGAGACGUGUGAUCGCCUUUGUUCAACGCUUCGUCGGAAACAUCAAAAGGAAACAAAAUAGUCAACCUGUGAAUUUGGGGCCCCUAGAACACGAAGAACUUUCUGCCGCAGAGAUGUUUCUAUUCCGGCAAGCCCAGAGAGAUGGCUACGGCGAAGAACUGGCGGCUAUAUCAGUAGGGAACCGUCAGCUCAACAAGAAGAGCCGCUUAUACAAGCAGAGCCCUUUCAUUGAUGACUGUGGCGUAAUGCGAAUCCACAGCCGUCUAGGAGAGUGUGAUUUUUUGGACGAAAGCGAUUCCCAUCCCAUCAUUCUCCCUCGGGAUCACCCAAUUACCCGUCUCGUGGUAGCCAACGUACAUCAGCGUUAUCAUCAUCAGUGCCACGAAACUUGUGUGAACGAAGUGCGGAAAGCAUUUUACAUUCCACGAGUGCGUAGAGUCUGUAACCAUGUUCGCCGAAGUUGCCAGAUGUGUAAAAUAUUCACUGCAAGACCAAUGCCACCGUCGAUGGGUCCACUUCCGAAAGCACGAGUAGCGGCCUUCGUACGACCAUUUUCGUACGUUGGCGUGGAUUUUUUUGGUCCGUUUCUCGUCCUCGUUGGUCGUCACCACGAGAAGUGCUGGGGUAUGAUUGUCACAUGCCUAACCGUUCGGGCAAUACAUAUCGAAUUAGCAGCAUCAUUGACUACAAGCUCCUGCAUCAUUGCUUUAAGGAACUGCUUCGCGCGUCGUGGAACUCCUGUCGAAAUUAGAAGUGACUGCGGAACCAAUUUUGUCGGCGCAGAUAAAGAACUUAAGGCUGCUGUGGCGAAUUUGGACCGGGACAAGCUAGUGACUGAAUUCACCACUCCAACUACUUCAUGGGUUUUCAACCCUCCCGCCUCACCUCACAUGGGUGGGUGCUGGGAACGUCUUAUCCAGUCAAUAAAGAAGAUCCUUGUCGUCGUUAAACCUCAGCGAGUAACUACAGAGGAAGUCUUGCGAAGCUACCUUAUUCAGGUGGAAAACAUCGUUAAUAGCCGACCUCUGACUCACGUUCCUGUGGAUAGUUGUUCUUCACCAGCUCUCACCCCGAACCACUUCCUAGUGGGUUCGUCAAACGGGUCCAAACCUCUCGUCCCAUACAAGGACUGUCCUCUAGCACUUCAGAGGUCUUGGAAGUCAUCAGACGCUUUAGCUAAUCGUUUCUGGCAACGAUGGAUUACAGAGUAUUUGCCCACGAUCACUCGUCGCACUAAAUGGUUCAAUCAAGUGAAGCCUAUUGCGGUGGGCGACGUCGUCAUUGUGGUAGAUCCAGAUCUGGCACGGAGUUGCUGGCCUAAAGGACGAGUGGUGUCAGUUACAACCUCCUCUGACGGUCAAGUUCGUUCUGCGGUAAUGCAGACCGCUUCAGGACUCUACAACAGACCCGCAGUUAAGUUAGCCGUGUUGGAUGUAGGUGCAAACGACAGUAGUUCGGACCAGGGUCCAACUACCGGGGGGGAUUGUUGCGUACACCCUGUAAGUGACGCCGCACACAACCACACGGCACGUUGA